AUGGGCUACAAGCGCGGUCUGCGCAGCCAGAGGGAGCACACCACGCUCGUCAAGAUCGAGGGUGUUGAGGACCAGAAGGAGGCUCAGUUCUACCUCGGCAAGCGCGUCGCCUACAUCUACAAGGCGCAGAAGUCGGUCCAGGGCUCGAAGCUCCGCGUCAUCUGGGGCCGCGUCACGCGCCCCCACGGCAACUCGGGCAUCGUCCGCGCCAAGUUCGCGCACAACAUCCCUCCCCAGGCCUUCGGCGCCUCGGUCCGGGUCAUGCUCUACCCCUCGACCAUCUAA